AUGGCCGAGCUCCACCUGCGCGCCCUCGCCAUGGUCGAGCUCCACCUGCUCUGCCCGGACGACGACCACCGCCUCCUCACCUUCACACACGAGGGUUUUCCUCCGCCGCCACUCGUCUACACCUCGUCGGCGAGGAGCUCCUUCCCCGCCCCUCUCCACCUCGUCCGCCAAACAAGUCCACCGACGCAGCUCCAGACCGUGACCCUCUCCGCCGCUCCUCUUCUCCGUCCGCGACCGGCAGAUCGGAGCGGCGACUGCACCAACUUUUCCCCGACCGCCGUCCUCGCGUCCCAUCAUGUGAGGAGGCAUUUCAGAAUGUCAUUGGGCAGGCAGUGUCAAGCUUCUAUCUUGUUGAACGGCAAGUCCACUAUUACAUUCACAAGGAAAGGUCAUCGUAGCUAGCCGAGGAUGUCAGGGGGGCAAAAGAGAAAAUAUGAAUGUUUGGUGGGAGGGAAAUGACUCCCUGACUUACACAUAGCUCCGCCACUGCUAAUCACUGCCGUGGAAAGCAUGAGCAUCAAGCUCCCCAAGAGUGCAGUGGUGGAGCUAGCGGGGGAUGUCAGCAGGCGCAAACGAGAAAAUAUGAAUGCUUGGGAAGGAAACGCCCAGGCCCCCUGACUUGUACAUAGCUCUGGCACUGCUCAUCACUGCCGUGACCAGCAUGAACAUCAAGCUCUCCAAGAGUACAGUGGUGGAAACAGCUGAGGAGGUCAGCGGGUGCAGAAGAGAAAAUAUGAAUGUUUGGGGAGGAAACGAUUCCCCCUGACUUGCACAUAGCUCUGCCACUGCUCGCAUGAGAAUCAAGCUCUUCCAAGAUAUUGGCCAUGCACCAAGCUCCAGAGAUACAGCUGCUGGAUGCAUCCAUGAUAUUGGCCCAAUCUUGGAACAAGUGGAACAAUAGAUGCCAUGCACCAAUCAUCAGAGAUGACAGCUGCUGGAUGCGUCCAUGCUAUUGGCCCAAUCUUGGAACAAGAGAUGUAAUUAAAUUGUACUCGCCCACUAUGUGAUGUAAUUAUUAUUUUUAUGCCUAACUCAUUCAUAGCGAGUCCAUACAUGAUGUUUGCCCAUUCUUGGCAUACAACAAGAUAUGUAAUUAACCCAACUCCAGUAGGGGUAGAGGAGCUAUGUGAUCUGCCCAUGAUUGGGCUGCCAGUGUACUUAGAGCAUCUCCAAUAGGUGCCUAAAACAGCCGCGCUAAGACAAAUAUACAGUGGGUGUGGGAGUGGA